AUGGAACAUAAACACUCUAGAGCUGAGGGGCCAGUCGAGUCAUGUUCAAAGCCUGACACAAAUUCGGUAAAAAGGCGAAGAGUCCGCAAAGGCACGUCCAGUUGCUGGGAAUGCAAGCGUCGCAAACGACGUUGCGAACGCGAUUUGAACUCCCCAAUUUGUCUCUCCUGUCAGCGACAUUGUGUUUCAUGUGUCAGUCAGGAGUUACCCGACGCUACUCUGAAAGAUUACCGAGAAAUUGGACAACGCGUUAAUCAUGUUGAAGCCUUGGUCAACAAGCUCGUCCUGCAAAGAGAAGGGAGGCCAAGUCGAAGACAGCAAUCCGAUGCUUCGUCGGGUCAAACCGUGGCCAAAGGCGCAGAGGGAUUCACAUCUCUUCCAACUUUACGAUCGGUUUGCCAUGAAAGAUUGUCGCGUGGUCGCUCCCUCAGUGGCUAUCUUUUCUCCAUCCUACCCCACCCUGCCACUUCGAUUGUAAUCCUGGGCAGCAGUGCUUUAUUUUCUUCUCCUUUACAAAACUCUCAAGCACAAGAAGGUGUCAAAUUCAAUGUUAGGCACGCUGAACCAGAAAUUGGUGGGCAGUCCACAGCUCAUCCCUUGGUGCUCGCCCGAAGACUCGUCCAGCUCGCUCUUUGCCUGAAACAGUUCGAUGCCUCAUCUUCAAAGCAGCUGGAAUCUCACUUGAAUAACUCGAUCGACAAAGCCUCUAGGAAUUACCAGGAAAUUGCCUCCCGCUUCGUCUUGUCCCAGGACUUUUUGGUUGAUUCCCUCGACGGGGUAGAAACGCUCAUUCUACAAUCGUGUUACCAUAUCACAAUUGGCGAUACUCGAAUGGCCUGGGCGGUUCAGUGCCGUGCCAUAAAUAUUGCCCGCGCAAUAGGCAUCCAGAACCUAGCCGACAUGGGGGACAAACGUGCUGAGCAUAUAUGGUUUCGAUUGGUUUAUAGCGACCGAUUUAUGGCAUUGAUGCUUGGAAUUCCAUUCACCACCACCGAUGCAGACUCGUCUUUAGAGACCCAGCUCCAGAAUGGCACAUCGUCGCAAAAGCUGGAGUGUCUCCAUGUGACCAUUGCUGGACGCAUCAUUACUCGCAAUCUCCAAAUGCAACAAGAAAGUCAUCAAGAGGAGCUCAACAGUCGCGAUAUACGCUAUAAUUCUCAUAGCGAGACUAAGAACAUCGACGAGCAACUGAAGAAAUCUGCCAAAAUCCUCCAACCGACCUGGUGGCUAAUGUUCUCUCUAGCAAACACAAAUACAGGGAUGGGUUCGGUUGGAGAUACGGCAAAGCUCCUGAUGCAGCUGCACCAGCAUUACCUGGUUAUACUUCUACAUCAACCAUAUCUCAUCCGGCUAAUUACAUGCGCACACGACUCGGUCUCCUUGGAACAUAAUUCAAGGGACUUCACCUACAGCAAGCUCGCUGCCGCAUCCGCUGGCCGCGAGGGGCUUUUGCGGUACCUUGCCAUCCGUGAACUACAUCAUUCGCCGACGUAUCGUCUAACGGACGAGAAGAUGUAUACAUGCGCCAUUGCUCUUCUACUUGCCCAUUUGGAUGGUCAUAGAUACGGGAGUGCCAAUGUUCUUGAUCAUCAGCGGCAUCAUGAUCUUGGACUUAUCAGCGAAUCUAUCAAGAUGGUAGAGAAAGUUUCAAAGGCAAAUAAUGAUCCAAGGGGUUUGGUGCUCAUUCAAAUUCUGAGAAAAUUCAUCUCUAUCGAAGAUGCAGCAGCAGAAGGCUCUACGUACCAUGCAUGGUGUGAUAAAAGCACCCAGGCCAGCGACUAUAACCCGGAGAGGCUUACAAAAGACUACUUAUCACUAUUGAUACCAUACUUUGGGGGAAUCCACAUCUCAUGUCGAGAGCCAUUCCUAACUCAGGAGCUGGCCAUUCAUAGUGUGUGCUUAGGAGAUAUGAUACAAGAGCCUCAGCCAGGUCUGGACCACACGAACAAAACGGCCCAAGAGCUACUUGCGCUAAAUCAAAGAUGUGAGGAAGAAGAGGCACGUCAAUUGUUCGAAAGUUGGACCCAAGCAUCUCCAGGCACAGAAGAAGGAUAA